GUGAAAAUAGUCAAAUAAUUUAUAGGACAGCACGAUGCAAGAGAUGACCAAUAAGGUUGAUGGGUGGUCCAAGAAAUGGAUCAAAAUAUUCCUGUGCAUGACCUGCACAGUGCUAUGUUAUCUUGCAGUGCUUCUUAUGACGAUCAGCACCGUUAGCAAACUACAGUACGAACAGUUGGACGUAUUCAUGGAUACGCGGAUGUACCGGAUGGUACUGUUCUUGGUUCUGGUCGCUUCGAUAGCGUUUGUGUUGGCCUUCGUUGGGUUCUUGGGGACGUGGAAAGAAAAUCAUCCGGCCCUCUACACGUUCUGUAGCCUUCUGGUCGUCUUUUCGCUGAUGGAAAGCACGGUUGCGUUUAUCGGUUACAAGCAACGGCAGAACAUCGAAUCCGACAUGGAAUCGAAUCUCUGGCUCGCGGUGAAUAACUAUCCACUGGACAUAACCUGGCAACCGUAUGUCGAUGUGCUACAAAUGCAACUGCAGUGCUGUGGUGUUAACAGCUACUCCGAUUGGCUGAGAGCGCUCCCGCCGGACGAGCUGGCACCAGAGGAUGCGGCCUCGAUGCUCCAAAGCGUACCCCUAUCGUGCUACGAUCCGACCGAUAUUACGCGGCGCAAAAUUUUCGAUUCCGGUUGCCACAGUAAGCUGUACGAUAUUUUCUACGAAACCGGAAAAACGGUGCUGCUCAACACGCUCUGCGCGAUUACAUUGCAGCUCUUUGCAGCAUUUUUCGCGUUCUUCUUGCUUGGAAAACUGAAGCGGCUCCCCGAGUGCAAAGAAAAAAAGGCCAUCAGUGAGCAGAACGCAUUUGGGUAUUCCAAAAUGCAGAACGCUUACGGUGGUUCUUCGGGGAGUGUGUAAACGGAGCAUUGAGCAAUUUGGAGCAGUAAGAUUAUUUUCGCGUUUCCUGUUCCCGCACCACAGUCGAGGUACUGCAAGCAAGGUAAUGCGCCGCUUAUCAGCAUGAUAAAACCUUUCCGAUAACACAGGUUCAGGUUGUUAUCGCGCAUGCAGAGAGAGUGAUUUCAUAAAAAUACGCUGAAACCGCGUCCCACACCUACCUCGUGCAAAAGCAUGGGAGUGGUUAGCUUGUUGCUUGUUUAGUAUAAUUACGUCCUAUUCAAUCGCCUAUGCUUGUAGAAACUUGUAACUGUUCAUUUGACCAUCGAGAUGCGAACAAUCAUAACUAUUGGAGAACACACAGAAAACACAUCUGUGCAUAAUCAAAGGGACAAGAAGAAUGAGUUUAUUCUACACCUCAUAGGAUACUUUGUUAAGUUCGAAUCACGGAUUACUAUUCCAAUAAUAACCAUUAAUUCAAAUGUUCCUCUAGCAUUAUAAAAGUCGAUUUUUAUUGUAAAAAGCUCAUGCAAAAAACAAUAGUAUUGACAUAAGGUUUGA